UGCAACGAGCCGAGGGAACGAAGAGGAUCAAGCAAGGCGGCCUGACCUGUCUUCAGAUGUCAGCGGCCAAUCCGUUCUAAACUCGGUUCCCCGGACAGUUCAGCCACAACCCCCUUCCAUCCCCGGCUCGUGCGCGAUCCGGCCGCGCUCCGACCUCGCCGCGGGCGAUGUCCUCCUCCGUCUCCGUCGCGGCGGAGUGGGACCUCCUCUCUGACCGUUUCUACCGCCGCAUCACCAUCUACUCCCCCCUCCCCUGGUCCUCCCCGGCCACCACCACCGCCUCCUCCUCCGGCGGCGGCAGCUCCGGGGUCAGCCGCCUCGACCUCUCGACCCACAUCGUCGCCGCCGCUCCCUUCGGCGGCCCGAUUGCCGCCGUCCGCGACGACUCCAAGAUCGUGCAGCUCCACUCCGAGCCCUCGCGCCGUCGCCUCCUCCUCUUCUCCUCAUCCGGCCACCCACUCGCCUCCUCCCCUUGGACGCCCCACCUCCCCCGCCUCCACUCGCUCGCCUUUUCCAGCUCCCUCAACCUCCUCGCCCUCCUCUCCGAUGGUUCCCUCCUCCGUUUCCGCCUCCCCGAUCUGAAUCCCAUUACUAGCUCCAGCCCCGUGCCCCUGCUGCCGCCUGCCUCAGGCGGCGUCGCCGACGCUGUUUUCUGGGGAGGCGGCGUGGCUAUCCUCACCGAGGACAACCGCGUCGUGGUCACCACCGACAUCGAAGUCGACGACCCGCACCCGCGGGAGCUCGCCGACCCGGGCGUUGCCGAGGACGAGCAGGUGCUGUGUAUGGCCGUGGUGGAGCCACAGCUCGUCAUGUCCGGGAGUCCAGAGGUUCUGCUUGCAGUUGGCGAUCGGGUAGUGGCAGUUGACGAGGAUGGCGUGCAGGUGCUCGGAGAGGCCCUGGAGAUUGGACCCGUGCAGAAAAUGGCGGUGUCACCAAACGGAAAGCUGCUUGCAGCGUUUGCACAUGAUGGGCGCUUGCUCGUAAUCCCCACGGAUUUUUCCAGGAUCAUAUUCGAGUAUGAGUGUGAUUCUGCAUUACCACCGGAUCAAAUUGCUUGGUGUGGGUUGGACAGUGUGCUCCUUUACUGGUCUGAAGUGCUUUUGAUGGUUGGACCCAAUGGAGAUCCAGUGCAGUACAAUUAUGAUGAACCUGUAAUGCUCAUUCCAGAGUGUGAUGGCGUAAGAAUCCUCACAAAUUCAAGUAUGGAAUUUCUACACCGAGUUCCAGAUUCUACUACAUUAAUUUUUGGCAUUGGAAGCAUGUCUCCAGCAGCAUUACUGUAUGAUGCUAGAGAUCACUACGACAAACAAAGUGCCAAGGCUUAUGAUAACUAUCAGCUAAUAUCAUCUUCCUUGCCCGAGGCGAUUGAAGCAUGUAUUGAUGCUGCUGGAUAUGAAUUCGAUGUUUCACGCCAACAUACAUUACUGAGAGCUGCGACUUAUGGUCUAGCUUUCUGCAGUCGAUUUCCACACGGGCGCUUUCAAGAAAUGUGCAAAAUUUUACGCGUUCUAAAUGCUGUUCGUGACCCUGAGAUUGGAAUGCCGCUUACCGUGAAGCAGUACAGACUGCUUACUGCAACUGUGCUCAUUGGACGUCUGAUUAAUGCUAAUCAGCAUCUUUUGGCACUUCGCAUCUCUGAGUACCUUAACCUGAAUCCGGAGGUUGUGAUUAUGCAUUGGGCAUGUGAGAAGAUAACAGCCUCAGCUGCAAUUCCAGAUGUAGUUCUUCUUGAAGGUUUGCUUGGCAAGCUCAGGUUAUGCAAAGGCAUAUCAUAUGCUGCAGUGGCAGCUCAUGCAGAUAAGAGCGGCCGGCGAAAGUUGGCUGCCAUGCUCGUUGACCACGAGUCCCAGUCCUCGAAGCAGAUUCCUUUGUUGCUAAGCAUCGAUGAACAAGACAAAGCAUUACAGAAGUCAAUUGAGAGCGGUGAUACUGAUCUUGUGUACCUUGUGCUUUUCCAUAUCUGGCAGAAGAUAUCUGUAGAAAAGAGCGCUCCUUUGGAUUUUUUUGGUGUAAUCAACGCAAGGCCUUUGGCUAGAGAUUUGUUCAUAGCAUAUGCAAGACACUCUAAGCAUGAAGCUUUGAAGGACUUCUUUCUAUCAACAGGGAGGCUCCAAGAUGCUGGCUUCCUUUUGUUGAAGGAGUCAAGAGAAUUAGAGAGGAAUCCAAUGGCAAGCAAGGGGUCUCCUCUCCAUGGUCCACAAGUGAGGCUCGUUGAGCAGGCCCACAGGCUUUUUGCUGAGACCAAAGAACAUCUUUUUGAAUCCAAAUCUGCUGAAGAGCAUGCCAAAUUGCUAAGAGUGCAGCAUCAACUAGAAGUUUCCACGAAGCAAGCAAUAUUUGUUGGUUCUAGUGUCAGUGAUACAAUAAAAACUUGUAUUGUAAUGGGAAAUGAGCGAGCUGCAGUCAAAGUGAAAUCAGAGUUCAAGGUUCCUGAUAAAAGGUGGUACUGGUUGAAGUCGUGUGCUUUAGCAACAGUUGGUAAUUGGGAUGCUUUGGAAACAUUCUCGAGAGAGAAGAGACCACCAGGAGGCUAUAAACCAUUUGUGGAAGCAUGCAUUGAUGCCGGUCAAAAAACUGAAGCUCUCAAAUAUAUUCCAAAAUUAACAGAUCCUGGUGAAAGAUCUGAGGCAUAUGCGCGUCUCAAUAUGACUGAGGAAGCUAAAAAGGCAGCAUCAGAGGCUAACAAUGGCGACGAGCUAUUUGGUCGCCUAAAGAGUACUCUGGCGCAGAAUACUCUUAUCGACACACUACGGGAUCGACUAUCGUUCCAAGGAACGUACUGAGAUAUGUGCAAGCACAGGUCGCGAUGCCUUAUGUUUGUGUUCACUUUUUCGUUGUGUAUGAAUCUCCACUGUGAAUACCCAUCUGUAGAAACUGAGGAUUUCCAGUGCGAUGGAAAAUGUGUAGAGGAGGGAGAACUGGACAAAUAGGAGGUUUUGAAAUGUAAAUGUGCAAUAUCGACAUGUUGGUUUCAUCGAUCCUGCGAACCAUGAAGUUUUACUUGAUGCUGUAUUCUAAGUUUAUAUAACUAAAAUUCGUGAA